AUGCGAGGCGAGCGCUCGAAGCGGGCGGCCGGCUCGCUCGCCGCGCUCGCGACGCUCCUAGCACUCAGCUUGCCUCAACUUGGAUAUGCUGAACUUACAUCUAACGACCCAUUAAGACGGGGUCUAUACGGUGACCUGUGCUCCACAAUAGAGGACUGUCACUUUCCGGACGCGAUAUGUGACGACGUUCAGAAGACAUGCCACUGCCACCCUGACGUGCCAAUCAGCAACUACAAGGACAAAUGUGGGAAACCUGCCAGCAUCAACGAAACAUGCAUGUUUAACGAACAAUGUGAGGACGUGUACUUUAAGACAGAAUGCAGGAACGAACGAUGUGCUUGCAAGUUCGAAAUGGUACCCGAGGUCACGGUAGAUGGCUCUGUCAUCUGCACGUCGGUGAAGCCGGUGGAGGAGUCGACGAGGACCCUGGAUCCAGCUAUGAUCGGAGUCCUAGUCGGCAUGGCGCUCAUGUUUGUGAUCAUCUGUGUGGUACUGCGGCUGUUUAGCAGAGCGAGAUGGCGAGAAAACCGAACGAUCUUCAACACGCCCAACCCUCGACUCAUGAACGUGUCCUUGCUGAGAGACUCCAAGCUAUUGCAUUCACAGGAUCGCCGAGGUUCUCGCGUCAGUGUUCGCCCCCCAUCGAGGCAGGCGAGCCAGCAGGAGCUGAGACCUCAUUCACCAGGUCCAGCACGCCACCAUCAAAGUCAUCAGCUACACCGAAAACCCUCAGGGUCUCGACGUGGAUCCAGAGCUAGUAGUGGACACUCCGCAACGUCCCUACGAUCGGCAACUCUCAGAUCCCCGACUACCCCUGGACCAACAUCAGUCACCGUCGAAAUUCGAGCACCAGAGGUGUAA